UGAUUGUAUAUCAAAAGAGCGGUAACCCAAAGAUGUCUUACGAACUCUAAGUUUUGAAGAGCAUAUUGAAAUCAAUAAUCAGGUUUUGCUUGCUUUUUAUUAGUCAAAGACAGAGUUGUGGAGUAUAAGAUGUCACUUUGUAAUACUAGGUUACAAGAAGAAAGAAAACAGUGGAGGAAAGAUCAUCCUUUUGGAUUUUAUGCUAAACCUGUCAAGGACCUGGAUGGCUCCCUUAAUUUAAAAAUAUGGAAUGCAGGUAUACCAGGAAAGGCUACAACAUUGUGGCAAGAUGCCGUUUAUCCUAUUAAUAUUACAUUCCCAGAUGAAUAUCCUUCAAAGCCUCCAAAGGUCAAAUUCCCUGCUGGGUUCUAUCAUCCAAAUGUUUAUCCAAGUGGUACUAUUUGUCUUUCUAUUUUAAAUGAAGAACAAGAUUGGAGACCUGCUAUAACUUUAAAACAAAUAGUAUUGGGAGUUCAAGAAUUAUUAGAUUCUCCAAAUCCAGAUUCUCCAGCACAAGAACCAGCUUGGAAAGCUUUCAGUAAAGAUAGAUCCUUAUAUGAAAAGAAGGUUAGAGAACAAGCUAAAAAGUAUGCUAAUGCGGAUAGCAGUUAGUCUAUCAAAUCAAUGUCAUUUCUCACUUGUUCCUUUCUAAACUCUUUGCAUUAUUUAAUGAAUCUAGAAGAAAAUGGGUGGUGUUUCUUUAUAGAGAUAUAUGAUAUGAUACAACGCUACUCGAUUUUCUUUUGCUUUUGCUUUUACCUUUACUAUACUUCUAACCCAUAUUUGAUAGCUUAUUUAGACUGUAUAAUUCUGUAUAAUAAUAUAAUAGGCUAUUUAUCGUUAACAAUAAUAAUGAAUUACAUUUCAUUAAGUAUGGUAUAAUAAAUAUAGUAUGUGUAUUUUUCUAUGCUAAAAAAAAGACUU